UAAGAGUUGGCUCAUUCAACAAAAAUCGAUGGCUCUUGAUUAGCGCAGACAACAAACGAGAACGCGACAUGGCCGAGCACAGCACAAGCUACGAGCAGGAAUGUCAGCGUGCUGAAUUGCUGGGCAUCCAGCCGCCAGAUCAAGCUGAGUUUGAGCGACUUCGCAGCGAACGCAUCGAACAGCAGCUGGCCGAGCAGGAGGCAGCCGAGGCGAAUGCCUUGGAACAGCAGGAGGAACAGCUACGUGGCGCUGGUGGCAAACUGGAUGAGUUGAAUAGCAUUCUAUCGAGCACACAGCAACGCUUGAAUCGCUUCAAGCAGACAGCAUGCGGCAGUCUUAGCAACAUUUUUGCCCGUGGCGGCAGCUUUAGUGGUGCCAGUGGCACUGCCGGCUCCAUGGACAUACCUGGAAGUAGCCAGGAAGAAGAGCAGCAGCAGCAGCAGCAGCCGCCAGUGCAACGGCAGCCACAGCCAAUGGCACCGCCAACGGCGGCCCAAGUGAGCGCCGCAAAGGCAGCGCAACAAAAACGCAUGGAUGGACAGUUAGACAAGUUGGAUGCGUUAAUCAAUAAGGCAGAUAAUGCCCAACUGGCGAUGAGUGAGCAGACUAAGCAGAUGCGUCGCAUGGCCAAGUGA